AAGACCAAGAAGACUGUGUUCCUCACUGAGGAAGAGAAGAAAAAACACCAUAUAGAAUCAGAGCACAAGAGAAGACAGGCUAUCAGAGAUGCAUUCAGCAGGCUUGUUGAACUGGUACCUGAAUUGAAGCCUAGUGAUAACAGAUCAGAGAUUUUGAUACUGAAUAAGUCUGCGGAUUAUUUGGAUGCGCUGCUAGAAGAACAAAAAUCAUUAGUGGGUCAACUAGAGAAGAAAGGUGUUGAAGUGGAAGAGAGACUC